UCCAUCUGUGUUUAUGCAUCAACAGAGAGCGCGUGGGGGGUUAAAGAAACAAAUCCGUCUUCGUGUUAACGACUAUAAACUUCCUGCUCGCGCGCUGUCCGAAUGUCUGUCGGGUUAUUCCCCGGCACGCGACUCCACACAGUCCAAUUCAAGCGCGCGAGGACACUCUCCCGGCUCUCUUUCUCUCGCGCCUGCUCGCGCGCAGGGCAGUGAGAAGCGCAAUGAUUUAGCGGCUUUUAAUUCAUUUUUCUCACAUUUAGCAUCGCAGCUGUGUUAUUCUACAUGUCGUUUUUGAUCUAUUUUUAUGUUUUACUCACUGGAUUCAGCGGCUUUUUGCACUUUUGAUGAGCCUUCUUUUUAACCAACUGCAUGUUUUAAAUGUCUCGGGUUUUUUUUUAUUUUACGCACUGUGUAAGUUUGCACGGGUACCGGUUCCCUGCCGAAAUCCGAGAUAUUUGGAGCGAACUGUUUGACUAACCCGGGCCGUGCUAGUGUUAGUGUCCCGGGUUAAAACCGCAGGAUGUUGACCAUAGUUCUCCUGUCUUGCUUCUGUUUGUGGACACGGGGCCAGCGCUUGGACCACGACAGCUGGGCGGACCAGGCCACGUUGUCCCGUGGACUCUGUCGCUAUGGAAACAGCGUGGAGUGCUGCUGGGGCUGGAAACAGUUGGACUGGGGGCGAUGUGAACCUCACUGCCAGCAGGGCUGUAAACAUGGAGAGUGUGUGAAACCAGACCAGUGCAAAUGUCACCCAGGAUACACGGGAAAGGCGUGUAACCAAGUUUCAGAUCUGAACGAGUGUGGCGUGAAGCCUCGGCCCUGCAAACACCGCUGCAUGAACACGCCAGGCAGCUACAAGUGUUACUGCGUGGACGGGUACGUGCUGCAGCCGGACGGCAGCUGCAGGAAUGCCCAAACCUGUUACCAUGCCAACUGUCAGUAUGGCUGUGAGGUGAUCAAAGGGGCAGUGCGAUGCACCUGUCCAUCGCCAGGGUUACGCCUGGGUCCAGACAGACGCACCUGCGUCGACAUCGACGAGUGUUUCUUGGGUGGAGGCGUGUGUCCUCGUCGCAGAAAGUGCGUGAACACUUUCGGGAGCUUCAUCUGUAAAUGUCACCUGGGCUUCAGACUCGUGUACAUCAACGGGCGGUACACCUGCAUCGAUAAGGACACUCGUCCGUUCUGCUCUCUGAAUCCAUCGUCUCCAAAGUGCAAGUGUAAAGACGGCAGCUGCAAAGCCAUCCCCAAAGUGAUGGUAGAACCGCAGAGACCAAGAACUACAACUCCCAUGACCUCCACCAUCAUCACUACCGCUACAUCUCCUCCAACCACCACAACUGCUCCCAUCCCAACAACCUCCCUGUCUACAUCCACUGAUGUUAUGACCACCACUCCAACACCUAUAACUGAUACCACUGCUACACCAGUUACUGCCACUACUGUGACAACAACAACACUUGCUGCUACUACUACAACUGAAAUGGAUACGACAACUCCCACAACGCCUCCUCCGUCCACCACUUCUGCUAUUACUACUCCUAGUACAACAACAAAUGUUACUACCAUCACUGCAAGUUCAACUACACCCACCACUCUGCUAACUACAACCCAGACGACACCUUCUUCUCCUCCUCCUCCAACAACAACAACACCAGCAAUCACUACAGUGCUGCCGAGUACCUCGCUGCAAACCACCACGGUGAACAACAAGAUCAACAAAGACGUGACACAAAAGCAGCGAGGAGACGUGCACAUCCCUCGACAUCCCGGUCACAACCACGUGUGGGAGUUUGACAUCGAGCUGGGAAACAUCGCGGAAGAUGCCAGAGACGAUCCUGAGGUCGGGGAGCUCCGUUGCAGCUUCAGUCACAGACUCUGUGACUGGAUGUCUGACAGUGAGGGAGAUCUACACUGGGAGACGGUUCAAAGUCCUGCAGGUGGGUGGUACCUAUCUGUCCCCGAGCUGAAGGCGGGACAGACAAGCAUCCGUGGUGCUCGACUGGCCAUCCAGGUAGUCCCUUCCUGGAGCCAUGGCGACCUGUGUCUCUCCUUCUCCCAUUGGUUGACGGGGCAUCACGUGGGCGUGCUGCAGCUGUUCGUCAGGAAAAAGGGACGAGACCAAAGGUAUGGCCCCGCCCUCUGGAGUAGGACAGGUGGGCACGGUUGGAGACACACGCAUGUUACCUUGACAACACACUCUCUGGACAGGGUGCUGCUCAAGGCCGAGCGGAGGAUUGGACGAAGUGGACAGAUCGCUGUUGACGAUGUCACUUUGAGACGGGGGCCGUGUCGAUGACACCAAAUAUAGACCUUCAGGUCACAUGAUUUAAAGGACCAAUGUUGCUGCAAUCCCAGCAUCAGGAUUUCUGCCCCCUCAGAGGAAGAGGAAGUUAUGUGGGUUUGUGGUGAAGCCACAGCAGCAGUGCUUCAGUUUAAAUUUUGUGCUGCGUGACAGCAGAAGUUCCUGUUUAUGAGCCGGACUGAAGAUUUGGAAACACUCAGAAUUCAUUUUGGAAAGGUUUCAGAUUUACUUUAACUGUUUACUUUAUAUGUUAAUGAGUGCAAAGAUUUAUUAUCAUUAAUUAUCAUUUAUAAUCAAUGUAGUAAAAGUAACAUAUCGUUACAAAGAUUUACAAUUUCACACUGAUUUCACUGAUUUGUACAAGGAUUUCGAUUCAUAGAAAUACUGCAGUGAGAGUGUAAUAAAUAUUUAGGUCCAUAUUUUUUUGUUUCACUGUAACGUUGUA